AUAAAUUUAUACUGUUAUAAAAAUUCUAUCAUUGCUUAAAAAAGUGAUCAUUUUUAAGACAAAUCAGCCUUAAGGGAUAGGCCCAAGUAAAAUUAAAUGUUAGGAAGUUGAGUAAAUCAUUGGUAAUUGAUAAAGCUGUAACAUAUAAACAAAGGUUAUUGUUAAGAAUUGUUAUACAGAAUAUUCUGUAUUCAACUGUUAUGGAUAUGGUGAUCACGAAUUUGCAACAGCAACGUCAAAUUACGGAGCAGCUACGUCGUGAAGCUGCACUGAAACGAAUCACAGUCAGUAAAGCUGUGGAGGAUAUCAUGAAGUAUAUUACGGAACAUGAACAAGAGGAUUGUCUUCUAGUUGGUUUUUCAUCACAAAAGUCUAAUCCCUUUCGUGAAAAAAGUUCCUGUACCAUUCUUUAAAUUAGCAUGCCUAAAAUAAGAAAAAAAUUAAGUCAAUUUUUUCUUUAAGUAUUUAAAUUUUGAAUCUAUAGUUAUUUAACACUGUUUUUAUACAAAUGGAAAAUUAUUAACUACUAUGGACAUCGAAUACAAAAUAAGUAGUUUAUAUAAAGUCAUGUUUGUAACUAAUUUCUUUUUAAACGAGGUAUAAUAUUUGCUUUAACAUCAGCACUCAAAUUUUGAUCAACAUGGAAUACCUGCAGUUAUCUAUUUGCCUUUAUAAACCAUUUGAGUAUCAGAUUGCACUCAGUUGUGUCUUCCCAGAUUCAUUUAAAAAAAUGCCAUGGAAUUGACUCAAAAGGCUCAACUAAUUGUAUAUGUGAAGUUUAUCACAGUGAACUGUUAAAUAUUAAGUAUUCAACAUUACUACGAAUACAUGGGAGAUACGAAAACACUGCUAUUAUAUUGUUUGAUACUUUGUGAGAGAAAAUACAAUUAUGCAGUUUGCGCUUUUUAAAUGUUUUAUUGCAGUAACAUUUGGAAUUCAAAUGGAUAAAUAGAUUUUAUAUAAAUACUAACAGUAAACAAGGAUUAAUUGUACAUUGAAGGUGUAUAUUCAAAAAAUUCAAUCUAAAUUUUAUUAUAUGUUAUCAUGAUUUUAUUGGCCUAUGAAAAUGUAAUAAAAUUUAUGUACACACAGAGUUAUGGACACAGAGUAUGCACUGAAAAAAUAGAAAACUUUGGCUCUUAAGAUUAUAUAUACAUUUACAAAAAUGAAAUGCUAUUUUGUACAAUAUUUUAUCUAUAAAAAUAUAUAAAAUAAAAAUUGUAUGUUAAUAAUAUGAUCUGUGAAAUCUUGAAAUAGAAUUAUAAUUUAAAACAGUGUAUAAGUAUAUUCUAGUUUAGUUUUUAUUAUAUUCAUAAAGUCAUUAUUAACUACAUCAAGUGCCUCUAUGAACAAAUAAUUAUAUGUUAUGUAAUGUAUAAAUAAAAGUAUAGUUAUACAAGUUUCU